CACACACACACACACACACACACAUUCACCCCGCCCCCUCGAGAAACCAGGGAACCCAGGUCAAGGGGAGGCGGGGCGUGGAGGCCGCGGGGGAGAGUGGGCUGAAGAGUAGAAAUUUACCGGGAAAUGAUUGCAUUUGGGAGCUGUCCUUUUUGUGAUGGUCCCCAUGGUGACAAUUUGUGACGGCAAAGAAUGUGGGAACGGGGCGCUGCCGCCUGAUUGGGAUGCUUUGUAUCUGGAGAGGCGCUCCUGAUUGGCCUGAGGGGCCCCCCAGCUCCGGGGACUCGUCCUCCAUUCAGCCCACUCGAGGGCUGCACAACUGCCUCCAGCCGGACCACGGAGCUCGCCGGCCGCGCGGGGCCUGGCCCAGGUCUGCGGCGGGGAACCUGCCGGGCCACCUUGGCAGGGCCCCGGGCCCCGCACCCUCGGUCAGCUCUGUGGCCUUCCCUGGAGCUGCCAGCCGCCUGCAGAACUCACCCUCUUCAUGGAAAGCCCCGUGCAGUGGCCCCCUGGUGAUGGCAUCCGACAGUGACGUGAAGAUGCUGCUGAACUUUGUGAACCUGGCGUCCAGUGACAUCAAGGCGGCCCUGGACAAGUCUGCGCCCUGUCGCCGCUCGGUGGACCACCGCAAGUACCUGCAGAAGCAGCUCAAACGCUUCUCCCAGAAGUAUUCCCGGCUCCCGCGGGGCCUCCCCGGCAGAGGGGCCGAGCCUCACCUGAAAAGGGGGCCCGAGGACCGGCCCGGGAGGCUGCCCCUCGACACCGGCCACAAUUCCAGCCCCAGUGGGGGUGGGGGCUGCAAGGAGAAGGCGUCGGGGAACCCCUACAGGGAGGAGAGUCUCCCUAAGGAGCAGACCCUACACGGGCAGGAUCCAGAAGCUGCCAGGCCUGGCCAGGUGCCCAUGAGGAAAAGACAGCUGCCCGCCUCCUUCUGGGAAGAGCCGCAGCCCACCCACAGCUACCCCGUGGGGCUGGAGGGGGUGGGCCCCCGGGAGGGACCUCCCUACGACGGGAAGAAACACUGCAAAGGCUUGGAGCCCCUGGGGCCCGAGACAUCCCCCAGGGCGCCCGCUGAGAAGGAGCCACUCAAGAUGCCCGGGGUCUCCCUGGGGGGCCGUGUCAGUGCCUGGAGCUGCUGCCCCUUCCAGUACCACGGACAGCCCAUCUACCCAGGCCCACCAGGGGCCUUGCCUCAGGGCCCGGUCCCCAGCCUGGGCCUGUGGCGGAAGAGCUCGGCUUCCCCCAGCGAGCUGGCCCACUUCUGCAAGGAUGCGGAGGGCCCAGGGCAGAAAGUGUACAGACCCGUAGUUCUGAAGCCCAUCCCCACCAAGCCAGCCGUGCCCCCGCCCAUCUUCAAUGUCUUUGGCUACCUCUAGCCAGGCUGGGAGGGCCUCGGCCCCCCACUCGUGGCCUGCAGGGGGUGUUGGGGACCCCAGGGGGCUCUCCUUGUGAGGAGUGGGCUGGGCAGUGGUGUGGCCUCUUGAGAACCUUCCCUUUGUGUGUGUGGGGGAGGGAGAGGGCAGGAUCGGGCCAGGGGCUUCUCAGGCUGUUGCCAAGCCAGCCCUUGCAACCUUGGAGCGGUGGGGCUGGGCUCAGCAGACCCCUCCCCAAACGGAGCCCGCCACAUCGCCCACGUGCCUGUGCAGACCUCAGGCGGCGGGGCACUGCCCUGGCCCGCCAGCCACCCCAGAAGCCAGAGUGACCCAUCUGUUCAUCUGCCACCCCCUGUGUAAGCCAACCUCAGUUCUGUUCUUCUUGUUGUUUGUAAAUAUUAAGAAGGUUAAAAGAAUAAAGACGUUUCUUUUGCAGUUUGCACAUCUUGGGUUCCUGAGGUUGACUGGUCCCCAGGUCUAGGAAAUGCUGGCCGUGUCCAGGUGGAGGGCCGUCACAGAGGUUGCGGGGGAGGCCAGCGUGGCCCAGAGACCUCGGGGAUCUGUGGGAACCAGCCCUGGGGCCAACGGCUCAACUCGCAGGAUGGAUGGGGAAGGAAGGGGAGGGCGGGUGGGACAAUGCUCUGAGUCCCUGGCGGAGAACAGAGGCUGGGGGAGGCCGCGAUCCUCAGAGGGUCCAGAAUGCUCAGCAGGAUGGGGGGCACUGGUACCAGCGGAGGUGGAGCGGUCCCCCUGGCCCUGCUCUGGGAUGUGGGGCCGGGCCCUUCCUCUCGGAGCCUCUUGGCCGCACCAGCAGGGUGAGGAGUGGCAUGAGAGUGGUGCCCUCUGUGGUACCUUCCACUCCACUCGCAGCCUCAGAGAAGAGGCUGUGCCAAGGCAGUUGUGUCUGACCCUGGUCAGAGGGAACGGGCAGGCCAAACAGGAGCUGGGCCCCCUGUGGACAAAAUAACUGCUGGUUUGACCAAAUUCGUCCCUUUUUGGAUUGUUAUGAUCAUUAUACAACCACAGAGGUGAUAAAUUCAUUUGAGUAAUAAAAAAAAGGAAAAAAAUAAGCUAUAAUGGAAAAAAAAAAUAAAAUCAACCUAGUCUGUGGUUCUAUGUCCACAGGCAUAAUAACAACAAGAACGAUCUCUAGCUAAUUAGAUCCCUAGGUUGCCGGCCCAUGUCUCUCUCUCUGGGCCUGAUGCAACAACCCUGGCGCACACCAGGCACCCUGUCAAUGGGAUGAGGGCCUCGGUGGCGAGGAGUGGCCCUCGGUUUGGCCCCAGUAGUGCCCAGACCAGCCAAGCCGCUGGAAGGGCCUCCCCCGCACACUGCACACUGGUCCGGGACCUGCUCUGCUGUGUGGGGCGCAGCUCCGUGGCUGAGCGCGUGCAGGCCUGGCCUGGGUGCCGAGCUGCUCAUUUCAUCAAAUCGCGGUUCUCACGACUCAGGGGGAGACGGGGCCAGCCUUGUUGGGGACCACAGCGCCCAAAUCAGCAUCCGGAUGUUGAGCAAGUUAAUCCCCGUUCUGUGCCUCAGUUUCCUGAUCUGCAAAGCAGGGAUCCAGGUCAAGGGCAGCAAACGGAUGCACGCAUCACUACUGAAUCCAAGGCAAGUACCAUCUACUGGUCACAGACUCUCUCCUUUGGGGCCCAGAUAGGGCCUCAGAAUCUUCCGAACACAAGGUCCCAGAUUUAGCCCUGCUACCCUGCCUGUUUGGAGGGCAGCCACGGCAGAGCCGGGGCUUGCUCACUGGGAAGCUGGUGGCUUUCUGGUGGUUUAUGUCUGAUGAUCUCAGCCACGGAGCUUCAGAGCAGGGAGGGUGUUCUGAGCAACUGCCUGGCUCAUGUGAUGAUCCUUAGCCGGGACCUCGCCUCCUAAGAACCGCCAGGGAGCCUGGAGGAGCAUGCUCUCCUCUCCCACAUUCCUGCAAAAGCCCUUCUGGAUGCAUCUGACGAGGCUCAGCCCCUCCACACUGGACAGCAGGGGGUUAAAAGCUCUAAUCCCGGCCCUGCCACCUACUAGCUGUGUGACCUUGGCAAGUCACUUAACCUCUCUGUGCCAGGACAUCCUUAUCUGAAAAAUGUGAUUGAAAACAGACCUGCCACAUGGGUAGCUGUGGGGAGGUAAGUGCCAGACACUUCACGACACAAGGGAUGAAAAGCUGGACGAACCCAAAGCCACUUCUCCUAGUUAUCUGGCUGUGUCAGGAGGUCCUUCCGCAAUGACAUUUCAGUGAAGUUUAUAGAUGACUAGAGAGCCCGUGGGAACAGGGGCCCGGACCAUCCAACCACCCUCACCCUCUAGAGAAGAGCUCAGCUCUGGGAGGCAUGAUUUCUUGGGGUGCUGCCCAAGCGUACCACGCCUGGGCCCCACCACCCCACUGGGGUUCAACCUUUCCCAGGGGACACCUGGCAGUGCCUUAAUUCAAACUCUGGGAGCCUUGUCUGGAAGCAGAUGUCUUUACUAGGGUGCAACUCAACAGAAGCGCCCAGCACCACGAGUGCCCAUGUGGAAGCCAGUUGGGAAAAAACACAACUUGGAAAACUUCAGUUAUUAAAAAAAAAAAAAAAAAAAAAAAAAAAAAAAAAAAAA